AUGUCAGCUCCCGCUGCUGCGCCGAAGCACCCAGGCAAGGUGUUCCUGGACCCGAGUGAAGUAAAGGACCACCUUUCCGAGUACCGCAUCGUGGACUGCCGGUGCAGCUUGAAGAUAAAGAACCAUGGCAGCAUUGAGUACGCAAAGGAGCACCUCAAGGGCGCCAUCCGCGCCGAUGUGGACACAAACCUCUCCAAGUUCGUGCCGGGUAGUACCGCCCGGCACCCGCUGCCGCCCUGUUCUGAGUUUAUCGAUUGGUGCAUGGCGAACGGCAUGGCGGGCGAGCUCCCGGUGCUCUGCUACGAUGACGAGUGCGGCGCCAUGGGCGGAUGCCGCCUGUGGUGGAUGCUGAACUCUCUUGGUGCCGAAGCGUACGUGAUCAACGGCGGCAUCCAGGCCUGCAGAGCUGCAGGGCUGGAGAUGGAGUCCGGCGAGCCCUCGUCGCCACCAACGCCGGCUGCGCACUGGCCCUACAAGACGGACUUCCAGCAUCACUACCUAAUGCACGAGAUCCCGCUCAAUGCGAUCAUCACCGACGCGCGCCCCGCCGACCGCUUUUCCACGACGGUGCGGCCGUACGCCUUGGACAAGCUGCCAGGCCACAUCGAAGGCGCGCGUAACCUCCCCUACACCUCGCAGCUCGUGAUGCGCGGGGGUGGCAAGGUGCUGCGCAGCGAGGAGGAGAUCCGCCACAACAUCAUGACCGCCAUCCAAGGCGCGUGUGACACAACUGAUCUGUCGAGCUGCGUCUUCUCCUGCGGCAGCGGCGUCACAGCCUGCAUGAACAUUGCACUGGCGCACCACCUUGGCCUUGGCCAUCCGUACCUCUACUGCGGCUCCUGGUCCGAGUACAGCGGUCUUUUCCGCCCCGCCAUAGUGCGCAGGGUCAUCAAUGACCACGGCAUGUGCAUGCAGAUGCAAACCCCCGCCCUCGGUGACAACCCAAAGGCAAACCUCGACACCAUGACGCUGAAAGUCGACGGCGCACCCUGCAAGAGCCCUGAUGCGGAGGUGAGGAGCGCCGCUGUCCACCUUCACUCCGGCGAGGCAGCUACGGUGUACUUCAAGAGCGGCCGCGUCGCCAUGAUCGAGGUGCCGCCACCGUCGAACUAA